UAUUGGAGAGGCAAAUAAUAUUCAGUAGCAAAAUCUUCUAGAAAAGGUAACAAGGAAAAUGGCGGAUCAGCUGACCGAUGACCAGAUCUCAGAGUUCAAGGAAGCCUUUAGCCUCUUCGAUAAGGAUGGUGAUGGUUGCAUCACCACCAAGGAGCUUGGAACCGUGAUGAGGUCUUUGGGGCAAAACCCAACAGAAGCUGAGCUACAAGACAUGAUCAAUGAAGUUGAUGCAGAUGGGAACGGGACCAUAGAUUUCCCGGAGUUCCUGAACCUGAUGGCAAGGAAAAUGAAGGACACUGAUUCAGAGGAAGAGCUCAAGGAAGCCUUUAGGGUUUUUGAUAAAGACCAGAAUGGUUUCAUAUCUGCAGCAGAGCUUCGACAUGUGAUGACAAAUCUCGGGGAAAAGCUAUCCGAUGAGGAAGUUGAUGAGAUGAUCCGAGAAGCCGAUGUUGAUGGCGAUGGUCAGAUCAACUAUGAAGAAUUCGUUAAAGUCAUGAUGGCUAAGUGAGAGAAUUUUAUCCCCAUAAAAAGAAACAAGAUUGAUUAUUUCUACAGUGAAGUUUCAUUAUGACUUGAUUCUGGUUGCGUUCUUUAGGACAUCUUUUGCUUCUGUCCCUUUUUAUUUGUUUGGUUAAGCAAUUUAGUGUUAUGUGAAGUAUGAACUCAUAUCUUGC